AUGAUGAAUGGUGAAAUUCCUAGUGUUCCUAUCAUAACAUUGGCAGGAGUAACAAGUCUUACAGAUUGCAGGCAAACUCGCCAAAGUAUAUCACAACAGCAAAGAUCUUCUAGUUACACCCAACCACAACAGCAGCAGCAACAACAACAACAGCAGCAGCAGCAACAACAACAACAACAGCAGCAGCAACAACAACCACAACGACGUCAACAACAACAACAACAGCAGCAGCAGCAACAACAACAACAGCAGCCACAACACCAACAACAACAGCCUAUGUCACUUUAUCAUACACCACGUUAUCCUUAUCAUAACACUCAAAACAGCACUUCACCAAGAUGUCCGCAGCAAAGUAGCCCAAGGUAUCCAAAUAUUCAAUAUUCACAGCACGCCAACUUUUAUCCAUCAACAAGAUACCAUCACCAACAGAGGUACCAACAUUUUGCUCAAAAUCAAGGACAUGAACAAUAUACAGGCUCUCCAGCCCAGGCUGCAGUGGCAGAACCCUUGAUCAACAUCGAUGUGUCUCCCACGCCUGAGUCAGCUGGGUCAGCAUAUCCUAGUCGACGACGGUCAACCGCUUCCAAUAACAACAAUAGUAAAACACAGGCAACAAACCUCUCCACUGAUUCUGGUGAUAAAAGAAAUUCCAAUCGGACUGGAACUUUGAACAAAAAUAUGGAGUUGCCUCACCGAAGAGCGGGAGGUGACCAAAAAUCUCCUGAAGUAAUUGGCAGGCGUGGCAGACACCAGCAACAGACUCCACAGUUAACCCCUCAGCAGUACCAGCAGCAGCAGUUGACACAACAGCAACAGCAACAGCAGCAGCUUUUACUGCAACAACAAUAUCAACAACAGCAACUACAACAAUUGCAGCAACAGCAGCAGCACCAUCGACAGCGGCAACGAGCACAGCACCACCAGCAACUUCCUAUGCCACCCCUACCACCACCUCCACCACCACAACACCAAAGACGUCAUAUGCAACCACAGCCAAUGGAUGAUGAAAUUGAAGAAAUUUCCUUUGGAAAAGCAGUGGAGUUGUUGGUGGCCAGAAACUCUCGACCAAUUGUAGUUUUAGAGCCACUGGACCCUGAGACAUUGCAAUCCAUUGCCAUAGGGGGAAGAAUUAAAACCGACUGUGAUAUUUUGAGAAGACAGUUACAGGGCUGUAAAAGAAGAUAUUCUGGUGAUAGUGGGGAUGAUGAUAAUGAUGAUGAUCCCUAUUCUCGGAAAAAAAGGAGGAGAAGAAACAAAAGGUUCCAUCAAAGAACACUUUCUCUUGAUGAACUCUUGGAAAGUCCAACUUUCAAAAAAUUUGCAUCAUCUAUUGAAUAUGUCUUUGAUACAGCAGAAGAUGUGGAUUUUGGAUCACUCGACCCAAAUGAUGAUGAUGUUGAAUGUCCGCCCGAGUCAUUGAUCUCUAAGCAGGUUAUGUCUGAAAUCUGUAGUGAGGCAGCAAAGCUGAAAUCCAUGGGUGUGUUCAAUCAGAUUCCUGCAGAUAAGCUUGUGAGGUUACUGACCAUUUUGCAAUGGAAUGUACGUGAUGGCAUCAAAUUGACACCAAAUAUUAACAAGGAAGAUGAUGACGAUGAUGAUGAUGAGGAACAAGUUCUUUGGCGAGAAAUCACCAUGGAGCGUGUGAUGAGGAGCAUGGAUGCCUCUUUGACUGCAGUCUACAUCAUGACUGCAACUGAAAUGCCAAAGCAAGUGUUUUUGGAAGAUGUCAUUGAAAGGAUUAUAUUGUUUGCCAAGUGGCAGCUUCAGAACACUGUCUAUCCAGAAUUUGACCCUGUCUACAGAAUAGAUCCUCAUAACAAAGAUGGUUAUCAUGGUAGUGUUAAAGCAAAAAGGAACAGGUCACAUAUAGUGAAGAACAAAUCAACUAUUCUCCUAUAUAAUAAGCUUUGUGAACUUGUUGAAGCCUUAGGAAUACUACUGAAUAUUCAGGAACUCACAGAUACUGUCAUCCUCCAGGUCUCUACAUUGGGAGUGUCACCAUUUUUUGUUGAAGGCAUCAGUGAAAUGCAAUUAAAUGCAAUGAAAUUGGUCACAAUUAUUUUUUCAAAAUAUGACAAGCAUAGGCAGCUAAUACUUGAGGAUAUUUUUGCAUCUUUAGCCAGAUUACCAUCCAGUAAACGAAAUCUUCGACAUUACAGGUUAAAUGCAGAAGAAUCAAUUCAGAUGGUCACAGCUCUUGCAUUACAGUUGAUUCAAUGCGUUGUCAAAGUUCCUAAGCCAAAGCCCAUAAUUCAUGAUUUAACUGGUGAAGAGAAACCACCAGAAAAAAACUCCAAGGGGAAGACGGACAACGAUGUGCUAAUUGUGACAUCAUAUGAAACAGCCAUGAGGACUGGAUAUAAUUUUUUAUCAGUUUUUUUGAAAAAGUGUACAGCAAAGGGUGAAGAUGAUUAUAGGCCACUAUUUGAAAAUUUUGUUCAAGAUUUACUUUCAACAGUCAACAAACCCGAAUGGCCAGCUUCAGAGUUACUGCUAAGUCUUUUGGGGAGAAUUCUUGUUCAACAGUUUAGUAACAAAUCUACAGAUAUGUCAUUACGAGUUGCUUCCCUUGAAUACCUUGGAAUUGUUGCUGCCAGACUAAGAAAAGAUGCUGUAUCUAGUCACAUGGACCAGGAAACAAUAAAUGACAUUGUAGAUAAGGCGAUCAAUUCUCGAACAGAAAGGAAAGAUUCUACCAUGGCUAAUAUAGAUGAUGAGUGCAGACAGACUGAAUGCCUCCAAAAAGCAUUGUUAGAUUAUCUUGCAGAAAAUGGGCAAAGUGAACCUGCUUUACUAUUUUCACGGUCAUUCUACAUAGCCCAGUGGUAUAGGGAUACGGAUAUGGAAGCUGAGAAGGCUUCGAAGAAAGGAGCUCGGGCAGAGAAGGAUGGUGAUGUUGAAGAAGUGGACAGAAUUACAGAUUUAAUCACAAAUUCAGAGAAAAAGAAAAAGUUUUUACUUUCAAUGGUACCAGUGAAUCACAAGCCUCUGGGCUCUAUGAGAACAUCUCAGAAUAUUCUCAGUUACCAAGAAGCUUGUUUAGCAGCCCGGUAUUUGAGUUCAAAGAGACCAUUUGCUUUGAGUUUUGACAUUUACUUAACUCAGAUUUUGCGUGUACUUAGUGAAACAGCUGUUGCUGUACGAACAAAAGCCAUGAAAUGUUUGUCUGCCGUUGUAGAAGCAGAUCCAGGAAUUCUUGCCAGGGAUGAUAUGCAAAGGGGUGUCCAUGGUAGAUUUCUGGAUCAGUCAACUUCAGUACGUGAGGCAGCCGUUGAACUUGUUGGUAAAUUCAUAUUGAUCCGUCCAGAACUCAUCCCCAAGUAUUAUGACAUGUUAUGUGACAGAAUAUUGGACACUGGUAUCAGUGUACGCAAAAGAGUGAUCAAGAUUUUCAAAGACAUUUGCUUGGAGCAGCCUGAUUUCCCCAAAAUUCCAGAGAUGUGUGUGAAAAUGAUUCGUCGAGUGAAUGAUGAAGAAGGAAUAAAGAAAUUGGUCAAUGAAGUGUUCCAGACUAUGUGGUUUACUCCCCUCCGAGAAAAGAAUUCUGAAAACAAAUUAUUACGACGAGUCGUGAAUAUUACAGAAGUGGUUUCUGCCUGUAAAGAUUCUGGAAUUGAAUUCUUUGAGCAGAUGUUAGAAAAUUUGUUGAGAGAAGAUGAAGAGGGAAAAAUUAACAAAAGUGCACUUCAAGCUUGUCGACAAAUAGUCAAUUGCCUUGUGGAAAAUGUCUUGACUCUGGAGGAGAAAUCAGUUGGAACAGAAGAUGGGUCAGAAAGUAGCAGUCAACAUUUAGUAGCAUGCCUAUCUACCUUGUACAUGUUCAGUAAGAUAAAACCUGACUUAGCUGUGCAACAUGCAAUAACCUUGCAGCCUUACCUGGACAUUAAGUGCAAUACUGUAGGAGACACAAUGGUUCUUCAUAAUGUUGCUCGCAUAUUGGAACUGAUUGUACCUCUGAUGGAGCACCCAAGUGAAUCCUUCCUGGUCCAGUUAGAGGAAGACAUGAUGAAAUUAAUUCUUAAACAUGGCAUGAUGGUGCUGCAAAGUUGUGUGAGUUGCUUGGGUGCUGUUGUGAACAAUGUCAGUCACAAUUACAGGCUGGUCAAGGAUUGCUUUCAAAAAUUCUUUGGUGUUCUAUCUCGGUUGAUGGCUGACCACAAAAGGAACCCUGAUAACCCAACCCUCCUUAGCAGACGACCUACCCUUUUACGGGCAUUAUUCACUGUUGGCUUAUUAUGCAGACACUUUGAUUUUGACUCAAAAGACAUGGGAGAAACAAAGGUUUCAAUUAAAGAUAGAGUAUUUGACGUCCUUUCUUAUUUUAUUGCUCAUGAAGAUGAAGAUGUGAGGAUCAAAGCUUUAACUGGUCUGGGAUUCAUGUGUAUACGACACUAUGAAUAUAUGUUGGGGAGAACUUUGAAAGAACUCUAUUACUAUUUGCUGACGGACUAUAAUGCAUCUACAAAAUUAAAAAUUCAAGCCUUGAAGAAUCUGCAUGGCUACCUUGUGGAAGAAGAAGUCAAAAUGAUUCAAGCUGAUGCUGAAUGGAGAAAGCAGUGUAAAGCAGAGGAUUUAAGGGAUAUGGGUGAUGUACAGUCAGGAAUGGCAAGUACGAUUAUACAGGUGUACCUCAAACAGAUUCUUGAAUCUUUCAUUUGUUCCAACUCUCAAGUACGAGGAGCUGCAUUAGGUGUCAUUCAUCUUGUGCUUCGACAAGGCCUCAUUCAUCCUGUACAGUGUGUACCAUACCUAAUAACUAUGGGAACAGAAAGUGAUUCAUCGGUCAGAGUUAAAGCAGACCAACAGCUACAAGAAAUAGAUAAGAAAUAUCCUGGUUUCAUUCAUAUGAAGGCUCUCCAAGGAAUUAAGAUGUCCUAUAGAUUACAGAGUAUCAUUCAAGACCCAUCAGAGCCUGUUCGUGGCCUUAGAAACAUGGAUAAUUCCUUUCAAAGUUUAAACGCAUUCCUUUAUACUGUUCUUAGAGGGAACAGAUCACACAGAAGAGCACUUCUUACUUCCUUGUUGAAUUUGUUUGAUGAUUCUGCUAGAGUGUCGUUAGAAGAACUUCUGUAUGUAGCUGAUAACCUGGCCUUUUUUCCUUACCAAACCCAAGAUGAACCUUUAUUUAUCAUUCAUCAAAUAGACAUCAUUGUAUCAGUCUCAGGAUCAAAUUUGUUACAGUCUUUCAAAGAGGGGAUCUUUAUGAAAAAUACUGGCAACCAAAAUGAUGUGGAGAAUGAAAGGAAAGAGAAUUUUGAUGAUGAGGAAGAAGAGGAUAUUGAUAUCUUAACAGAGAAGCUGUCAGAAAAUAUUGAACCCUUACAAGAAAUCUGUAGGAUCUCCCAGGGUUGUAUUUUACUAUUGGUGUUGAAGCAGCAUUUAAAAGAUUUAUAUGGCUUCACUGAUACCAAAAUCUACCGGUAUUCACCAACAGAAGCAGCUAAAGUCUAUGACAAAGUUUUGUCAAGAAAAUUUAAUGUUGAAUUCACACCAACAUCCACAAUUGAGUUAUUAAAGAAGGGGCCACCUAAAAGUGAUGACCAAGAAGCAAGAAAAAAACUUGUUGAAGAAUAUUUGGAUUUCAAGCAUUUAAUGUUGAGUAUCGAUCCUCCAGAUGACAAUGAUUCAGAUGAUAACAAGAGUACCGGUAGAGCCUCACCAACUCCUAAAAAACAAGGAGAGGAAGGAACUGAUAAAUCUAUAGAAAUUGUGGAUAAAGAUGGAAGUGAUGCUGUCAAAUCAAAGUCUUCUCACACACCUCAUCAAACCACAAGAGCCCAUAAGUAUGCUGUAUUGUUGGAAAAGAAGAAGAGAGUGCGAAUGACACCGAAACCAAAGCCAACUCCUCCACCAAAGAAGAAAGUGACAAAGAAGAAACGUAAGCGAAGAAUGAGUGACAGUGAAGAGGACAGUGACAGUGAGGAUGACCCUGAUUUUGUGGCUUGA